AUGGCUACCCAGAAUAAUUCAGACCUUCUGGUAUCUGGUUCUACAUCAGAACCAGGUAGUGGCGUUGUAAAACCUACUGAAAAUCACGUUGGAGUGCCUCAAGUAGGGUCGGAGGAAGUCGUACCCAGUGAGGAGGGCGGAGAGAAGGGCACCAUUGGGAAUAAAAAGAGGAGCUCUUUCCAGAUUACCAGUGUUAAAAUAGCCAAGUCAAAUCGCCAGGCAAAUGACACAAUCAAUGAGGGUGAUGCUGAUUCUAUAGACGAGCUAGAGGAAAGUCACACUGAGGAUCUGAGUUCAGAAUUACUGGAUAGUUCCAAAGUUACUGAGAUUCAUGAUGGGAAUGAAUCCUCUGAUGAGGAAACCACUACGGAUCAGCAGUUAGAAAUUGAGGGGGAGAACAAGGAGACUGCCUCGAGAUUCAAAGUGGUGAAAAUUGCCAGCAAAGAGCCAUUUUGCAGGGGCAGGUGGUCAUGCUUUGAUUUUCUCGACCCUCCAGUAGUGGAGAAAAUGGACGGGGUAGGAGAGGGAUCCGGGACUGGGUCCGGUAACUCAAGUGCUGCAAGCUCCGUGCAUUAUAUCCCAGGUGUUGAUGACCCAACCAAAAAUCCCUUCAACCCCCUCAGCCCAAUCAAAAGUCCUCCUAACAGUAUGGAAAUGAUGGUGCCUGUUAUAUUACAGACUGAGCAUCACAAUGUUAUCGUAGUCCCACAGCCAGUGUACGGAAUGGGUGAGGAGCACUCGGUUAUUAAUGAAACUGGUGCAUUGCCCCUCAGUAUGAACAGUCACAGUAUUGGAGGACAGAAUGGGGCCAUGACUCAAACUGUGCCAAGUACGGACUAUCCUCAGCCUCCCAUAGCGUCCUUGCACCUAUCAAUGCCACAGGUACAGGCUGCCGAAGGAGGCGGCUAUGCUCAGUCAAAUCAACCAGUAUUAGGCACACAGAAUAGCAAUUUUAUCCCAGUCGGUGGAGGUCCGGGUGGAGGUCCAUCAUCGCAACAACAGCAACAGCAACAACAAGGACAACAGCAGCAACAGCAUUAUCACCAGUCACAAGGCCCUAGUGGCCAGGUAGCUUCACAGUCACAACAACAACAACCCGUCAGCAGUAGUCAGCAACAGCAACAGAAUGCAGCAGCAGCAGCAGCAGGCCAAAUGUUACAACAGCAACAACAGCCACAGCAGCAACAACAACAACAACAGCCAGGUGCCACUGGUGGUUCAGCAUCCCAAGCUGGUGUACAACAGCCACCCCCACAACCGCAACAACAACAGCAACUACCCCCAGGGACAGAGGGCUUGGUACCCCAGGGGAUCCCACCCAACCAACCCCCCUUGCAAGGCUCGGACCCUUCAGCUCCACGCAAACCCUCAUCCCAGGCGCAAGGGACCCAGGACUCAGACGACUUACAGCAGAUGGUGCCCGCCAUGAUGACAGGGAAUGCUGGGUACCCUCUCGACGGCACCCCUGCCACUGACAUGGAUGGGAAUCAGCUGAGUAUUGAUGUAAAAGAAACGGCAGCACAGACGGCAGCAGUGCUGACGCCGCCAUUGUUGGAGGUGAUGGGGACAGCUAUUGGUCCACUGGCAGGCAGCACCGAGACCAAAGGCGAAGAAGGCGAUGAAAGGUAG